AUGGGGAAAAAGAUUAAUGUGUUUCUGCUGUGUAUGAUCUUUUUACUGGUGAGCUCGUCUUUGAUGUUUCAGAUGGUUGAUUGCCGAGCCGUACGAUCCAAGCAAUUGAAAGAGAUCAACGGCCAAGAUCAAACCACCGUGGCAGCCAUAAAGGUGAAGAAAAGCUGGAGCAGUGGACGUCCUUUGAUGAGGAGCUAUGGCUUCGGGUUAGCGUCUGGGCCGAGUAGAGAAGGAGCUGGCCACUGA